GUCUUCUACGACCUUGUAACUGGUACAUACUCAUAAGUGCUAUAUGAUCGAUGUCCCCAAGAACCUUGUCACAAGACAUAUGCUUAGUUAACGCCAUUCACAACGCUUUCUCUAGUACACAGUCCGUGGGAGUGGUACCUGCGUGUGAUCAAUGUCGCCUAGAACCUUGAUAAAAACGUAUGCAGACGUGUGAUGCAGACGAAAUGUGUUGUUUUACACAUGUUGUGACACCUAGAAUACAUCCUUACAUCCUUAUAUAUCACCGGACGCUGGACACUGCAGGAUGGACGAAGGAAGUGUAUGGACGGACAAAACACCCAAUGGGCUAUGAAAGGACUACACAAAUGGAAUUAUACAUAAGUACAUAAGGCCCCUGUACAGUGAGCGACAUGACGUCACCUCUCUGUGACGGGAAACGCGCGGGGUGUCUUUGGGGAGUAUUCAUCUUGGCGACUUUUACAUACCUCCUUCUCUAUCUUAAAGUGACCAAUAGAAAUACAACAAAACAUCAAAUGACGGCGUACUGGCUGCAGUGGAUUUCUCUAAUGGAGUCGAAAAAUAGAUCUACAUUGACGUUACUCUCAGCAAAUGAUGAAAAUCAAUUUAAUUAUUCUACACAUUGUCAGAAUUCCACAAAGGAAAGUUUGGAUUUGUGUGAAAUGAAUUCUACAAGGUCUAUAGAUGGAGUCGACGUUAAAGGUUAUAUUCCUUUUAAGAAAUUUGAAUACCCUCUCCAAAUUGACAUGAACGAUUUAGUAUCUAAACUGAAGACAAAUAAGGACGUACCAACAAAGCCAAUAUUCCCUUAUCCACAUACUUUUAUGAAAUCUCCUACAUGGAUGUGUGAAAUGAAAAGUGUUCGUCUGCUUAUUUUAGUAAAAUCAGGCGUUGGCCAUUUUAAAAGGCGGGAAAUGAUUCGUAACACAUGGGGAAAUUACUCAGGCUUUAAUACAGGGGUCGUGACCUUAUUUCUGCUAGGGUUAACAAAACACGUGAUGUAUCAACGACAGAUAUUGCAAGAACAUAACAGCUAUGGUGACAUCAUACAGAUGACGUUUUUUGACGCCUACUACAAUAAUACACUAAAGACGGUUGGUGGGAUAAAAUGGGCACGAAAUCAUUGCAACCAAUCAAAAUUUGUUUUAUUUACAGAUGACGAUUUCUACAUAGCAACAGACCUGUUGUUAUAUUACACUGAAACUAUAAAACAGCACGAAAGGAGUUCAGUAUUCAGAGGCGCCAUGUGGAAAAAUGGUCAACCGAUUAGAAAUAUACACAAUAAAUGGUACAUAUCUCGCCAAGACUAUCCUUUUGAUCGCUAUCCGGAUUUUAUCGCGGCCGGUUUCAUGUUAUUAUCUAUAGAGUUCCUCAUAGAUUUAGACUUGGCCAUUCCGUAUACUAAAAAGUUUAUUUUUGACGAUGUAUAUAUCUCAAUAGUUGCUUAUAAAUUACAUGUUAACCCAGUGAAUAUGAAAGGUGUACAUAUACACAAGUUUCCGUACAAUCGGGAUGGAUUCCUACAAGUGAUUGCCUCCCACGGGUACGACAGGUCUUCUACCUUACAACGGGCUUGGUGGAUACACCAGAAUCGACAUAUACAUAAAUAUGGCCGAAAGAGCAUCCGAGCUUACAGUGUGAGAGCUACUUAGGAUAUCAACAGGAUAUUACAACAUGGAAUAAUUUGGUAAAAUUAGGACAUUUCUAAUGUAAAAAGGGGGCAUGGCGUGUUUCGGAUGAACUUUCCUGAUCUGACGUGGAGGAAGAAAUGAUAUGAUGUGUGUCGAUGUGUGCUUUAAACAGACGUUUCAAAAUUGGGUGAUUUGUCCUAAACUUUUAGACGACAUAAAUACUUUUCACUUCUGACAAGAACAGGUACGCUAUCUAAUCAAUUCAAAUAUUUCUUAUAAUUUCUAACAUAAGGAUAUUUACACUGAAAUAAUAUUGGUAUAAUGUACAAAGAAUUAAUAUUUGCACUGCAAUCCGAAAUUCAAUAAUAUGCAAAACAGAUUUUCAUUUUCUUUAUAUCCAAAUGUAAAUUGUUUUUUGAAUUUUUUACAGUCUCGCCAAAUUUUAAUUCCGAGCGAAAUGUUUUCAAGAUAUUAUUAUGGAAGUGAAAUUAAUCGUAUUCCCCCGUUCUAUUUAGACCCUGACAUUAAAGUAUCGCGAAGUCAUCAGCAUGUUACGCGAGUGAAAUAUCAAAUUAUUUCACGAUUUUAAGAUGGUUAUUAUCACAGAACUUUUAUCCAUUGUAACCUAAGUGAAAAAAUCCAGUGCUGAUUUCAUUGAGUACCGCGAUAUUCGGACCGUGAAAUCUAAUCCACCAGAAUGUUAGUGUAUAUUGUGCUGAGAGAGAAAGGGUAAGCUGUUAAUUGAUUAACUGUCAUGUAUUUUAUAUUUAUUUACAAUUGAAAUAUAAAAAGACGAGUUUCCGAGAAAAGAGAAAGCAGAUUUUCCCCUGAAUCACAUUCACUGGAAUCGAAAUAAGAAAACAAACAUCAGGACGCGAGGAAAUAUGAACAAACAAGGAAAGGCAGCAAAAGAAACCGAACAGGUGUAUAAAAAACAAACGAACAAAAAACACACAAAACAAGAUCUGCAACUGAGGAAACGUCAAAACAGGUAAUCGCUGGUUAUCUUGUAGCUUUAGAGUAACAAAAUUACAGAAGGACGUCAAAUUUUGGUACCAAUUUUAUCACACUACAUGUAAAUUCUGAUUGUUUAUCUAAGAAAAAUUCCCCAAGUUAAACCUUACAUUUACUGCAAAAUACAAAUUCGAGCAUUGGAUGGGAAUAUAUCGCGAAAACAUCAAAGGAGGACCCGGCUAAUAUGUGUCGUCUAUUAGAGGCUGUGUGGACAGAGAGGGCUGGAGGAAUGUCCUGAGUGGUUAAGUGCAUAGCCUGUCACACUAACUAUGCUGAUCAAUGAUGGAACUUGAUGUGUACGUUUUUAAUGUAUUUUCAUUUUGUUAUUUAAUAUACAUGAUAUUAACUUUACAUGCAUACUUCGUGCCAAAUUAAUAUGCAACAAUAGUGCUAUAUGAUUGAUUUAUUUUACAGCCAUGCCGCAGAGUGAUCUAUUAUCACAUUAGCUGGACAUAUUUUAUCAGUUUAUUUGAACACAAUGAGAAUUUAGUUAAAUAUUUAAUUGCGGUUUCCAACCAAUAUAAAGAUGCCAAAACCCCUAUGGGAAAUUAAAGCGCGUAAUUACAUUUACUAUCCGAUUUUGUUACGUGCCGAUGUGGUUCUCCAUGGGUGUUAAAAAACUGACCAGAAUAACAAACAGGGAGAAACUUGUUCCAAGACUCAUAACCUUAUAUUGUCUAAUAUUAGAAAAUGUUACGUAAUGUCUACUGUAAAAUUACAGAGAAGCCAUUAAAAUGUCCGCAUAGAAAUGUGUGAAGUAUUGUUCGAUGAUGCUGUUAACGGCCAGUAUGACCGACCACCGCCUACACUGACUAUACAAAUGUAUUUUCUGUUACGAGAGAGACAGAAAGCUUCAAUGCUUAAAUUACGCUUGUUUAAGUAAUAUUUGUUUUAAAAUAAAAUGCCAAAGAAAUA